CACUGUGACCACACUUUGUGCUAGCUUUCGUAGGGGUAGUUUCGAACGGACGAUAUGAGGUGUUAUACGCUUGUCCUACUUUUCGUCGCCGCUGUGCGGUCGAUGCCCACCGCGGAACAGGAUGCCGACCCUGGCAUGAUGGGAAGCGUCCUCGGAGCCGUUAAGGAGUGUGCGGAGCGCGACGUGUCCUUGUGCCUCAAGGAGAAGGCACUGAAAUAUCUCGACACUUUGAGGUCGAAAAGGGAGAUUACUGUUGUUGAUGGUGUUACUCUGGACAGCAAGGGUUCGCCGAGGUCCGCCAGGGCCUUGGAGCCGCUGUCUGAAGAGCCUCAAGCUCGUGAAGCACAGGUGGAAUCCAGAUUGGUGGACUCGGUUGCUGAUUUCCUUGAAAACUAUGUCGUCCAAUUCAAACUCCCUUCAUCUGCUGUUGAGGGCAUGAGGAGGUCUCUUGAGGAAGCUCGUGGCAAGAAGAAGAAGAUCAAGCAGCUCCUCCCUCUCCUAGCCAUCGCCAAGCUCAAGAUCAUGGCCUUGAUCCCUCUGUUCCUUGGAAUCAUUGCGUUCGCCGCCGCCAAGGCUGUCAUCCUUGCCAAGAUCUCCUUACUGGUCGCUGGUAUCAUUGCCCUGAAGAAACUCCUGGCAAGCAAACACACUGAGACCAGCUACGAGGUUGUAGCUCAUCCCCACCACGAGGAACACUAUGCCAGCAGCGGCCAUGGUUGGGGCAGGUCUAUCGACGAAGUCCAGAAUUUGGCCUAUGGGGCCCAUGUUAAAAACUGACUAGGCGAUGUAUUAAUGAUUCAUACUCGUAUAGUUCAAAUUUGAGAUCGUAUGACUAUUUAUUUAGCGUAAGAUAUUUAUUAACUAUUUAUUGAAGGAACGCCCCUUUGUAAGGGGUUGUAAUGUUGUUGUUUUUCCAUAAACCCCCGUUCUGAAUUUGUAUGAUGUCGUUAUACUAUAUUAGUAUAUCUUUCACACCCUAUACGGUAUCCGUAUUUGUGUAUUUUUAUUGCUAAAAAUAAUUUAUAGUUAUACUUAUAUGGGAUUUCGUCUAGUCUUCUCUCUAAGUCCUGUUUUAUAGAUUAGUUUUUAUUUUUUAAUUUUAUGUUAUUUAUUAUAUGUAUUUAUUAUCUGUGAUAUUAUUUUCAUCGUAUAUAUUUGCACUUAUUUAU